CGACUCCUACGUGUGCCACCUCUCACCGGUUCCGGGUAGCAGAAACGGAGUUUGUUCCUGGAGCUGCCUGUGUUUUGAAAGGAUAUCGAAAACACGUGAUCUUUUGUGUCAAAAACGUAAUUAUUGAUUAAAUAUCAAAACAUGGCGGUGAACACAGGCACAUCCCUGGUUCUGUCCAGUCUGUUCUCUGUGUUGGUGUUUGCUGGGAUGCAGAUGUUCAGCAGACAGCUGGGCUCUACAGAGUUGCUCACCAUCCUGGGAGGCUUCCUGGGCUCUGUCCUCUUCAUCUGCUCCCUCACAGCCUUCAGUAACCUGGAAAACCUCAUCUUCGGCAAGGGAUUCCAGGUCAAGAUCUUCCCAGAGAUCCUGGUGUGCCUGUGCCUCUCUCUGUUUGCCUCUGGGCUGGUGCACCGUGUGUGUGUCACCACAUGUCUGAUAUUCUCUCUGUUUGCCCUCUACUACAUCAACAAAGUGUCUGCUGCUCUGUACCAGGCAGCCGUUCCCACGGUAAUGCCAGCCAAGGCUGCCAGCAAGGGCAAGAAAAAGAACUAAGUCACUAAUUAGAUCAAACUUUCAUACCGUCAUCCAAUCAGCAUCCACUACAACGGCUAACCAGGCAAGGGAGAAAUGGUGUAGGUUAGCCAAUGACAGUGUACCCCAGUUUCCUUUUUGUAGGUCGUGCCAACCAGCAUUCUUAGAUAUUUUCCUUAACUUCUUAACUCUAUGACCAUUGAUCUCCAAGGACUGGACACCUCUCAGCAGUAUAGAUAAACUGAGACCUACCCAGCCCAUCCAUACACUGUUCUCAGCAGUAUAGAUAGCCUGAGACCUACCCAGCCCAUCCAUACACUGUUCUCAGCAGUCAUGAGGCCUGGGGUGGAAGAAAGGAAGCAGUUUGGGAUCUAGCCAGAAUCAUGUCUCUACAUUCCCUACAUCAUCCCCAUGUACUCAGCACUUGUUUCAAAAUGCUUGUCUACAGAUCCAUACUUUUGAAUGACGUCCUUUUUGUUUUGGUAUGAAAACUUUGUUGUGGUUAAUGAAUUUGUAAUUAAAAACCCAUUGAAAAUAG